GUAACCACAACAGCACUGCUCUACUUGACAGCUUGAUACUUCACAUGUCACAAACGUUCGUCAAGUCAUUUACGCACCUCAAGGACCGCCCGCAUGCAGAUCGCGCACUGCCCAUGCUGCAACGGGUGGCCUCCCUCGUGAAGCCCAUCAUGCGGAAGCACGAAUGGGUUCUCCCUGUCCUCUCAGAGUUCUUCCCAGAGUCCCCUAAUCUUGUUGCGCUCAAUAUCAAUGCAGGUCAGAAGAUCCUUCUCCGUUUGAGACCUGCACACUCCCCAGACGCUUUCUAUGAAGAAGAAGAUGCAGUCCACACCAUGCUUCACGAGCUUACGCACAAUGUUCACGGGCCUCAUGACGAGAAGUUCUAUAAACUUUUGUCCGAGCUCGAAGACGAAUAUGAGGCUCUGAAGCGGUCAGGGUAUGCUGGAGAAGGAUUCCACACUCCAGGUCGCCGCCUUGGCGAGAACAUCUCACAUGACUUACCCCCUCAUAUCGCCCGUGCUCGGGCAUUAGAAGCAGCUGAAAAGAGACGAAGAAUUGGUAACAUGCUAGGCGGAGCACGCCGCCUUGGAGGUGCUCCGCGUCGAGACCUUACCCCUCGCGAGCUGGCUGCUCAGGCGGCAGAGCAUAGGGUGCGAGACGAGAAAGCAUGCGGUUCUGGUGACCUCGCGUGGAAAGAGGCCGAGAAGGCCGCUCGUGAGAGCGUAGAAGAUGAAGUCAUAGAUCUCACAGCGGAUUCUGACUCGGAUGUAAUCAUUGUCGACGAGCCGACUCCGACGGGCGGCGUAUCUAAGAUUGUGCAAGCUUCCCCCAGGAAGCCUAGCAAAGGCACAUCGCGGCCUCCCGCCAGAACGAUCAAGAGCUCUUCGCCUGCUGGCCUGCGGAUGCGGCAGCCCUCUUCUGUACGGUCGGCCUCUGCGUCAAAAACCAGAACACCUCCGCCCUCCCCAAUGGUCAGCAGGGUAGGCUCUACAGCGAAGCGACGCACGUUGUCAGAAGACUCGUGGAGCUGUCCGCGUUGCACGCUCAUCAACGAGCCGCUGGCUUUACAAUGUAUGGCGUGUCUGCUUCUUCGUCCGAUGGAACAACCUCAGCAGUCUGUGGGCUGGACAUGCGUCAAGUGCGGAGAACAAGACAUGCCUCAUGAUUUCUGGUCUUGUCGUUUAUGCGGGAGUGUCAAGACUGACAGCUGUGUACCUGCGAACUAAUGCUAGAUUCUGCACGACUGAGUUCCAUUUGAAGAUGACGUAUACCAGUUUUGCGUAGUCCAUGGACUCUGUUCGGCUAGACAGAUUGUACAAUAGGUUACAUAUCUACUCUAUACCCGGUCGGUCAGGUCUUGUACUUAGUUGGAAUACCUUGACAAUUUGGUCUGGAAUCGAGUCACCAAAAUCUGAAAUGCC